AAUCGGGAGCCGGCUCGUGGCCCGGCCUGGCCAAUGGGCGCUGGGGUACCGGCGCGGGGGCGGGGCUUGUGUGUCAGAGCGUCUCUGUGUGAGGGAAAGGCGUCAUGGCGGCGCCUCUGAGGGCUUUGGCGCUGGGAGGGCUAUGGCUGCUGGUCUUGCUGGGCCCCUGGGGCUUCGCCGGCGUCGAAGGGCAGAAGAAGAAGGAGAUGGUGCUUUCGGAGAAAGUGAGCCAGUUGAUGGAGUGGACGAGCAAAAGGUCGGUCGUCCGGCUGAACGGCGACAAGUUCCGCCGCCUGGUCAAGGCCCCGCCCAGGAACUACUCCGUGGUCAUUAUGUUCACCGCGCUCCAGCCUCACAGACAAUGCGUUGUGUGCAAGUAUGCCCCUCAACCUCUACGUGUUCCUGGAAAGACAUUCACAUUUACACAAAACUUGUUAAGCUUCUCCUUCAGGAUCAUUACUGCUACACUGGUGCCUCGGGAUACGAAAUGAUCGGGUUACGAAAUU